AUGGCCCCUCUCAAGAUCCUCAUCGCCGGCGGCGGCAUAGCAGGCCUCUCCGCGGCCGUAGGUCUGCGCCGCGCCGGCCACCAGGUCCACGUCUACGAGCGGUCCGCACUCAACAACGAGAUCGGCGCCGCGAUCCACGUGUGCCCCAACGCGGCCCGCGCCCUCCUCGCCUGGGGCCUCGAUCCCGUGAAGGCAAAAUUCGUGCUCGUGAAGUGCAGCUUCCGCGCAAAGGGAGACACGCUUGAGAAGUUCCACGUCGGCAGGGAGGACUACAUCGAGGAGAAGUACGGGGCACCGUGGUACUUUGCGCACCGCGUCGAUUUACAUGAGGAGCUAAAGAGGUUGGCGACGGAGCCGGAAGAGCCUGCCAAUGGAGAGGCCGACGGCCUGGUCGAGUCUAAAGGGACAGGAACGGAUGGUUUCAAUGGACAUGCGAAUCCAAGGAUUGGACUCGGUCGGCCUGCUACAAUCCACUUGAAGAGCGAGAUUGUGGCGUAUGACCCCGAGGAAGCUUCCAUAACACUGGCUUCCGGCGAGAAAGUGACGGGCGACGUGGUGAUCGCAGCAGAUGGCGUCCACACCAUCGGGGUCGAGGCAAUUCUCGGCCGCUCCAACCCCGCGGCGCCUCAGGGUCACUACAACUUCUGCUUCCGCUUCCUCAUACCGGCCGCCGAUGUCGAGGCGGACCCGGUCACGCGGUUCUGGAAUGAAGGCGAUGACGGUCGGAUAAAGUUUCUGGUCGGGGACAAGAAGCGCCUGGUCUCGUAUCCUUGCCGAAACAAUGAAAUACACAACUUUAUCGCCAUUUUCAACAACGACGAUAUUGAGUCUAUCAAGAAGGAGGACUGGCAAGCCUCUGUGAGCAAAGACAAGCUGCUUGAGAGAUAUGGCGACUUCCACCCGAGUGUUUUGGCCAUUCUUGACAAAGCUACCGAGGUCAAACAGUGGGCACUUCUCUACAGAGCUCCGAUCCCUAGCUGGACAAAAGGAAAGUUGACACUGGCCGGCGACGCUGCGCAUCCCAUGUUACCUCACCAGGGCCAGGGCGGUGCGCAGGGCAUCGAGGACGGCGUCGCGCUCGGCAUCGCGUUUGCGGGUGCUGAGGUCAGAGACGUCGAGGCCCGCCUGCGAGUAUACGAGAGCAUCCGCAGGAACCGUGCCAGCGUGAUGCAGAUCUUUAGUAAUGCAGGCCAAGAGGAGCCCGAGUUGAUCCGGGAAGAGGCUGCCAAGUUCAUUCCCGCGGACAAGGUGCCCAAAAACCCGGAAGAGUUCUUUGCAUACAACUUUGGAUACGACAUCAUCAGGGAUAGCGUCCAGCAGGUGCAGAAGGUGGAGCCGUCGUUUGAGCUCCCGUCUUCGUUCUUUCAGAAUGAGCCAGGCAAAGGCGUCUAUCCCUAA